GCCAAAAAUAAUUCAACAAUAAUUGAUGACAAUUUCCACCUUGCAUAUGUUACCGAAAGUACAUUCAGAACUUUUCAAAGAGCAUAUUUUAUGCCGACAUGCCCAUUGGAAAACUCACCAUACCCCUUACCUUUUCUGAUCCUUCUGCACUUCAACCUAUAACACUGAUAUAGUGAUAUGUUUGAUUUGCAAACACCGGAAACUUUGUUUUAGGCAACAAAACAGAGUAUCAGGGAAUUAGAAACAUGCAGGGUCUGUACCCUACCAUAUGGCAGCGAAUUGGAGCAGACCGGCAUUUCUCAGGGGCGGCGACAUGGCGGCUGCCGCUAAAGAAAGGCCCUGCCACCACCACCACCACCCUCCUCCUCUUCUUCGUCUUCGUCUUCGCCGCUUUCUUCUCUUCUUCAUGGAUCAACUCUUCUACUUUUUCUUCUACUAAAGGGAUCAAGGAAGACAUAAUCAUCCUAAAACAUCCAAGGAAAUUUCCAAAGAGAAUUGAAAUCCCACUCAAUUGCUCCACCGGAAACGAAACUCAAACCUGUCCAUCCAAUUACCCAACCAAAAAAUCCGAAACUGAAAUUAACGACGACCCAUCAUCGAAUUCCACGUGCCCGGAUUACUUCCGUUGGAUUCACGAAGAUCUACGGCCGUUUAAGGCGACUAGGAUCACCAGAGACAUGGUGGAGAGAGCAGGGAGGACGGCGCAUUUUCGGGUGGUGGUAGUGAAAGGGAAGGUGUACGUAGAGAAGUACAAGAAGUCAAUACAGACUAGAGAUGUUUUCACGCUGUGGGGGAUUUUGCAGCUGCUGAGGAGGUACCCAGGCCGGCUGCCGGAUUUGGACCUGAUGUUUGACUGCGAUGAUCGCCCAGUCAUUCGAUCGAGCGACCACCAUGGACCCAAUGCCCCCGCACCGCCGCCCUUGUUCCGGUACUGCGGUGAUCAGAAGUCAUUGGAUAUUGUCUUUCCUGAUUGGUCCUUCUGGGGUUGGGCAGAGAUAAACAUUAAGCCAUGGGACGGUAUUUUGAAGGAGAUAAGAGAAGGUAACAAGAGGAUCAGAUGGAUGGAGAGAGAACCAUUUGCUUAUUGGAAGGGAAAUCCUUUUGUUGCUGAUACCAGGAAAAAUCUCUUGACUUGCAAUGUGUCGGAGAAACAAGACUGGAAUGCUCGCCUCUUUGUCCAGGAUUGGAUUCUUGAAUCUCAACAGGGAUAUCAGAAAUCAGAUCUAGCAAGCCAAUGCACUUACAGAUACAAGAUUUAUAUAGAAGGGUAUGCAUGGUCUGUCAGUGAGAAGUAUAUUCUAGCAUGUGAUUCAGAGACAUUGCUUGUGAAACCCAAGUUCUAUGAUUUCUUCAUAAGAAGUCUACAGCCGGUUCACCAUUACUGGCCUAUUAGGGAAGAUGACAAAUGCAGAUCAUUAAAAUUUGCAGUUCACUGGGGCAACAAUCACAAACAAAAGGCUCAAGCAAUUGGAAGAGCUGCUAGCGACUUCAUUCAAGAAGAUCUAAAGAUGGAUUACGUGUACGAUUACAUGUUUCAUUUGCUAAACGAAUACGCUAAUCUCCUGAAUUUCAAGCCUGAAAUACCCGAAGGAGCAGUGGAAUUCUGCUCGGAGACUAUGGUUUGCAAUGCAAAAGGGUUGGAGAAGAAGUUUAUGAUGGAGUCAUUGGCAAAGGGUCCUUCUAUUACAAACCCUUGCACAUUGCCCCCUCCCUAUGAACCUAACGUUUUGGGAGUCUUUCUUAAGAGGAAAACAAAUUCAAUAAAGCAAGUGGAGGAAUGGGAAAGAAGGUAUUGGGAGAGUCUUGACAAGAAGCAAUAGAUACGUCUUGGAUUUUAUGAAUUAUAUAUAGAUUCAUUGUAAGUCAACCGUAUGUGUAUAAUUCCGGUUUUUUUUUGUAAAACCGAAUUAAAUUUAUGUAACUAUGAAAAUAAUACCGAGAUUUCUUCAUGUUAUAGUAGCAAUUGGUCCUUAUUUUAUAAGUUUCCAAUAAUCGUA